AUGAGGUUACCACUGCUUGGCCUGUUCCUUGGCCUGAUCUCUUGCAUUGCCGCGCUCAGUACGCAGGGCAGCAAACUGCUCGUUGUGAUUGAGGAUGACGCCGACAAGAGCAAGUACUCGCACUUUUGGAGCGAUCUGGAGGCAAGAGGCUUUCAAAUAACAUACGCAUCUCCUAAAACACCAUCUCUCUCUCUCUUCGCACAUGGCGCACCCGCCUACUCACACCUGCUCCUGCUGCCCGUAAAGUCCAAGGGCCUGGGACCUGCGCUUACACCAAAUCUCCUCGUCGAUUUCAUCAAUGCCGGAAGCAAUGUCUUGCUGGCGCUCUCAGGCGCACAGGCGGUGCCGAGCUCGUUGAGCAGCCUCCUACUCGAGAUGGACAUUCACCUACCCGCAGACCGAAACAGCCUGGUCGUGGACCACUUCAACUACGAUAUCAAGUCUGCUGCGGAGGCGCACGAUGUUCUUCUCACCCCCUCUCCAUCUGCAAUUAAGGCAGGGGUUGUCAACUUCUUCGCCACCGAUGGACUGAUUGCGUUUCCACGCGCCGUGGGUCAGAUGCUAGGCAAUGCCUCUCCUCUGCUAGCUCCGGCGGUCAAGGCACACAGCACUUCGUACAUUUACAAUCCAAAGGAAGAGGCGGAUGCUGUGGAGGAGGUGGUUGCUACUGGCUGGCAGAUCGCUCUUGUGUCUACCUUCCAGGCCCGCAACUCUGCCCGUUUCACCGUGCUCGGAUCCUCGGAAGCCCUGGAGGACAAAUGGUUCGACGCAACCGUGCAAACGCCUCACGGCAAGUCCACAGCCGUCACGACCUCCAACCGAGCGUUCGCGGAGAAGGUGUCUGCCUGGACCUUCAAAGAGUUGGGUGUUCUCAAGGUUGAUGAGGUGAAGCACUAUCUCAAUGAGGGUGCCCAGAAGGGCUUGAAGAAUACCACAACCGCAGGCUUCAACGUGGACAUUAACCCCGAGAUCUAUCGCAUCAAGAAUGAUGUGCACUACUCCAUCCAKAUGAGCGAGUGGGAUAUGGAUCAUUGGGUUCCCUUCCACCCCCCAGCGGAUGAUGACGUUCAACUGGAGUUCAGCAUGCUUUCGCCAUUCCACAGAAUCAACCUUCAGUCCAACACCCCAGGUCUGUACGAGGCGGACUUCAAGCUGCCAGAUCAACACGGAAUCUUCAACUUCUUCGUGGAGUACAGGAGACCUUUCUUGACCAAUGUGGAGGAGAAGAGAACAGUCACGGUGAGGCAUUUCGCACACGACGAGUGGCCAAGAUCCUUUGUCAUUUCUGCCGCAUGGCCAUGGAUCAGUGGUAUUUGGGUGACUGUGGGAGGAUGGGUAAUUUUCGUUGCUUUGUGGCUGUACUCCAAACCAGCCGAGAACAAGGUCAAGACGAGGUAG